AUGGCCUCACCAUCCUCCCCACUGUCGCCUGUUCCUGGCCAGCAAUCACCCGACGUCGACGUGCAUGCCCAUGCCGGCGCGGGCAUCCCGCAGGCGCUCUGGGACCUGCGCGUGCCCCUGCACAUCACCCGCAAGGCCGCCCCCGGCGCCCCCGGCGCCCCCUUCAUCACCUCUGUCCCGCGCUUCAGCUACCUCGCCCAGCUGCUGCCCAGGCUGUCCUCCUUUUUCGCCACCCCCUGCAGCAGCUUCCACCACGAGGAGGUCCAGAUGCGGAACCUCCCCGUCGGCCUGCUCGUCGACCUCUACCAGCCCGACCUGCCCUGGAGGCUGCACGCAGACUUCGUGCGCAACGGCAACGCGAAGCAGAUCAUGAGCCUCUCAAAGGAGCACACCACCGCCCUCUGGAACGCCGUCCAGGACAACGACUACGCCUCCUUCUCAAAGGUAAACUCGCACCUCCUGAACCCGCCCACCCAGCUCAAACACGUCCCAAUCCGCAUCUACGUCCCCUCCUCGCCGCCAGACUCCUCCGCCAGCGGGGCGGCCUCCGCGGCGCCUGCCAGCUUCAGGGUGUUGCAGUCGCUCGUGCCCCCACGCUCGGCAAAUCGUAGCCCACAGACCCUCGGCCCAGUCCUGCGCGGCCUGCUGCCGUCCCUGUUCCCCAGCAGCCGCGACCCCGUGCUGGCCAACGUCGUCCUGCACGGCGCCCCGGUCCCGUUCUCCGCGCCCCUGGAUGAGCUGAUGCGCGAGGCAGCCUACCCUGACGGAUGGCUUUGUUUGAUCAUUACGUUGCUAUGA